AUAUAAAUGUGUAUAUUGUUCCCUUUGUUUUCUUUUAUUAUUAUUAUUAUUAUUCAUAUAUUUAUUUACUUAAUAUAUAAUCUUCUUUACCAUCAUGCUAUUAAAUAACAAGUUAUAUAUCCUGAUAAUAGCUAAUUUGUUCACUAUAAUAGCAGCUAAAACAAAAAAAGAUACUAUUAGCAGUAGUAAUUCGCUGAUAAAAUUGCCUAUUUAUUAUAUAAAUAAUGAAGAACAUUUAAAUAUGAAUAAGAAUAAAAGAGAUGAAAAAACGAUAGCGUCUGUUCCAUUAUUUAAUGUAAAUUCUAGAGAAUAUCUUAUAGAAAUCGGUAUAGGUACUCCUCCACAAAAAUUUAACCUUACAUUAGACACUGGAAGUUCAGAUAUUUGGAUUACUUCGUCAAAAUGUAAAAAACCAAACUAUUGUCCUGAUAUGAAAUUUAUUGAAUCUGAUUCUUCAACCUUGAAUGAAACAAAUAGCUUGUUUGAAAUUCAAUAUGGAAGUGGAUCGGCAAAAGGGAAAAUAGCUUAUGAUACAAUAGUUGUUAAUGAAAAUCAGCUUAUUUUACCUGCACAAAGAAUAGGUCUGGCUACCAUCACUCAGGGCUUUUCUUCCCCUAAUCGAAUAACAAGUGGGGUUUUAGGCCUUGGCUUUUCAGGUCUCUCGAACGAUCCAAAUGAAAAUACAUUUAUGAUGAACUUGGUAAAAAAGAAAAUUAUAAAUGAACCUGUAUUUUCAAUUUACCUCAAUCGACAAAGUGAAUACGGAUAUAAGGGUGAAAUUAUUCUUGGUGGAUAUGAAACAGACAAAUUAAUGGGUUUAUUACAAUUUUUACCCGUUGUUCCUUAUGAAGCCAGCAAUGGAAAACCUCUUGUUGGUCGGUAUUAUAACACCCAGAAAGGAAUUUAUAAAUAUUGGACCGUUCCUGGCCAAGCUUUGACUGUCUAUGAUCAAAAUUCUCUCAUUUAUGAAACCAAAUUUGAAGACGUCCAGGCUGCUAUUCUAGAUUCUGGUACGACAUUAUCUUAUUUCCCAAAGGAUAUUGUGUUGGAAGUCUUAAAGACAAUUACUGUAACAGAUUAUGAACCCUUAACAUUAAAUGGAGGAGAAAUACAAGCUUAUCAGAUUAAAAAUUGUAACCAACACAUGACAAAUAAAAAAAGUUUGAGUUUUGACUUUCAAUUUUCGUCUUCAGCGUCAAUGUUUAGUACAACAACAGCAAUAGUAGUUAUUCGAGUACCUCUAAAUGAGCUCGUGUUGCCUCAAGAUACAAACGAUAUUAAUACAGCAGAAACGUGUUUAUUUGGUCUAGCACCUCUUUCUAGCGGCUUUUCAACUUCAAUUGGAUCUUCAGGUAGUUGGAUUCUCGGACAAACAGUACUUAGAAGUGCUUAUAUUAUACACGAUAUGAAAGAAUUACAAAUAGGUAUAGGCUCCAUGUUUAAUAAUGAUACUCUCAGUAGUAACACUAUCUCUUCCUCCUUGAUGAGAACAAAAAAUGGCCUUCAUAAUAGUAUGAUUAUAUUCUCUUUGUUUCUUUUUUUUCUUUCAUAAUAUUUUUUUUAAGCAGUAAUUAAGUUUGUUUAUUCUUAGUUGUGUAACACUUAUGACAAUGCUAAUAUGUAAUUUAAAUAAAUGUCUCGAAUUAAUAUACAAAUUUGUUAGAUGACAAUAAAUGCGUUAUUCAAUUUUAUGCGUAACUAAUAAUAUAAAAGAUAUCCAAAAGAAGAAGAAGUUAGUAGAAAAUAAAAAUAAAUUAUGUCUUGGCAAAGCUUACUA